AUGGCUGUAGGUGCUACCGUUCUCGAAAUAUUGAGUACUAAAGUUCUUGGGUCAACGUCCAAAAUCAAGAGAAAUAUCGAUAAGUUUGAAAAAUCAUAUUUCGACCCUCGUCGGAAUGAAUAUUUUUUUGACCGAUGUCGCAUAGCUUUUGAACCAAUACUUUAUUACUAUCAAUCUAAUGGUAAAUUGAGGAGACCAAUGAAUGUACCUUUGGACAUUUUCCUGGAAGAGAUUCGCUUCUAUCAAUUGGGUUCUUUGGCAAUUGACAAGUUUAAAGCUGAGGAAGGUUUUGCUCCUCGAAGUAAAGAAGCGCCUUUACCUAAAGGUGAUUUUCAGCGAAAACUGUGGCUUCUCUUUGAACAUCCAGAGUCAUCGCAAGGAGCUCGAGUUGUGGCAAUUAUUUCGGUUAUUGUAAUUAUUGCUUCCAUUGUAAUCUUUUGCCUUGAAUCGACACAAAUGGACAAAAACGGGUAA